CCCGCUUCCUCCGCCUGCUUCUGCCGCUGUCUCCGGGUGUGGAGGCGCUGCCAUUGCCUGCAUCGGGGCGCCCGGGGGGUGGGGCGGGGGGGUCCAAUAAGCCCACGCGGAUCCUGCUGGGGAUUGAAGACGGACACCAUUGCGGGCGGGGGGGGGAGUGGGAAAGGCGCGCGCGCGCACACGCACCCCAGCCCCUCUGCCGCCUGCUCUCCCUCCCAGCCCUCCCAGCAGCAAUCGCUGGGAAUUUGAAUGAAGAGAGAGCGAGCCUGGUCCCCCCCGCCCCCCCGCGCCGCCUCCGCCUCCUGCGAGCUGCCAGAGAUCUGUGUUGGGAUGCAAAACCCGAACUUGGCCGAGGAUCGCUUCCAAAGGAGCAGAAGGCGAAGAGCUUAGCAAUGAAUCCAUUGAAGCUUCGAUCCAUCAAAGAGCCAGAUCGACGAGUCUUGGACCAUUCCUAAAUGUGAUUAAAUAUCCUUUUCUUCCAAAGCUCAGAGGGAACACAGAUUUACCUGACCUGGCUUCUUCACAAUUCAAAGCACAGCAUCUCAAGAUUUCGGUGACAGAUGGAUCUUUCCCUCUUUCUCUGUCUCCCUCUUUGCCCUCCUCCCUUUCUUCUCCUCUCCAUGUAUAUUUUUUUCUGUUUGAUCUGAAGUUCUGAAGCAUCUUGGAGAAGACCCUUGGGAGAAGGAGAAGGAGGAGGAAGCAGCACCCAAGGAAGCCUAGCGACGACGCGGAGGCAGCUCUGCCUUGCUUUCUGAACUGCAUCAUGGUGUCACGGAAGGGAGGGUGUGGGGGAGUUGCACAAAGAAGAUUCAUUGUUUCACGUUUCGUUUUUCUUUUGCUUUGAGAAGAAGCACAAAUAGUUUCCUCCCUCCUGCAUAUUUUUUUUGCGCUGGUUGACAGGAGCUAGUCAACAUCCAGAACUGCCCUUGCAUGGAACAGGGCAUAUGUGACAAUGGUGGCAUCAGAUAGAACUGGGGUGCCUGAGCCCUGUGGUUGCUGAGCUUUGAGGGUGCCACUUGUCCUCGAACAUUUCCUUCCCACUAUUUUUUUGGGCUGAAAUUGCCCCUUUUGGCCUAAAGGGAGUGAUUUACCCCAACAUGUUCCGUCUGGGAUUUUGGGCAGCUACCCUGCUCUGCAUUUGUGCUCCUGGCGUGGUGCGCAGUGACUGCUGGCUGAUUGAAGGAGAUAAAGGUUAUGUAUGGCUUGCUAUCUGCAGCCAGAACCAGCCUCCGUAUGAGACUAUCCCCCAACAUAUCAACAGUACUGUGCAUGACCUGCGCCUAAAUGAGAACAAGCUCAAGGUGGUGCUCUACUCCUCCCUCAACCGCUUUGGCAACUUGACGGACCUCAACCUAACAAAAAACGAAAUCUCGUACAUCGAGGAUGGAGCCUUCAUGGGACAGUCCAAUCUGCAGGUGCUGCAGCUGGGCUACAACAAGCUCACCAACCUGACCGAGGGCAUGCUGCGUGGGAUGGGUCGCCUCCAGUUCCUCUUUGUGCAGCACAACCUGAUUGAGGUGGUCACUCCCAAUGCUUUUGUGGAAUGCCCCAGCCUCAUCAGCAUUGACCUGUCCUCCAACCGCCUCAGCCGGCUAGAUGGCAACACUUUUACCAGCCUGAGCAAUUUGAUGGUGUGCGAACUAGCUGGGAACCCCUUCAACUGUGACUGCAACCUCUAUGGUUUCCUCAUGUGGCUGGUGGCCUUCAACAACGUCACAAAGAACUAUGACCGUCUGCAGUGUGAGACUCCUCGGGAAUUUGCGGGCUACCCACUUCUUGUGCCUCGGCCACACCACAGCCGCAAUGCCAUCACCAUUUUCAAGUCGAUGUGUGGAGAUGGCCCUUUCCCAUCCAUAACCCGGAUCAAUCCCACACCAUUCAUGCCAGAUUCUCAAAGAGACCCAGAUGACAAUGCUGAGAACUCGGGCAUUAACCCUGGAGACUUUCUCUCAGUUGAGCCUCCAGCAUCUUCUACCACCGAUUCCUCCUUCAAUCCCAGCAUCAAGCUCCAGCAGGUGACUAUCACCUCGGCUGCCCUGGUGGUAACGAUCCCAUCACCGUUCAGCAAGAUGUAUGUGCUGGUUCAGUACAACAAUAGCUACAUCUCUGAUGUAAUGACUUUGAAGAAAAAGAAAGAAGUUGUCACUCUCACUCACCUGAAGGCUCACACUGAUUAUACAUUCUGCGUGGCUUCUAUACGCAAUUCUAAACGUUAUAACCACACCUGCCUCUCCUUUGCCACCAGGAGCAAAGGGAGAGAAGAUCCAAUGCCCAACACCUCAACCACCACCCACUAUAUCAUGACCAUAUUAGGCUGUCUUUUUGGAAUGGUUAUUAUCCUUGGCAUUGUCUACUAUUGCCUGAGGAAGCGCAGGAUGCAAGAAGAGAAGCAGAAAUCCCUCAAUGUCAAGAAGACCAUUCUAGAGAUGCGUUAUGGCUCAGACAUUGAUACCAGUUCAAUUGUACAUCCAUCACAGAAGUUGGGAGAGCCACCUGUUAUCCCUGUCUCACGGAUGUCCUCUCUUCCGUCCAUGAUUAGUGAGAAGAUGCCCCCAACCAAAUCUAUGGACACUGGCAUGGAGACUCCCAAGGUUACCGCCAAGGGCAAUUAUAUUGAGGUUCGGACAGGUGGAGGGGAUGGUCUGGAGAGGUCAUCAAGGGAUGAUGACCUGCAUGAGCUGGACAAUGGGCAAGGUUCAGCUGCUGAAAUCUCAACAAUUGCCAAGGAAGUAGACAAAGUGAACCAGAUAAUCAACAACUGCAUUGAUGCCCUCAAACUGGACACGGCUUCUUUCUUGGGGGGAGGGGGUGGUGUUGACUCUGACAUGGGUUAUGAAUGCCAGUCCAUACCAGCUGGUUCAUCCAGUGGACUGGAACGACCAAGUUUCCUUUCACCACCCUACAAGGAGAGCUCCCAUCAUCCCCUGCAGCGCCAACUCAGUGCAGAUGCUGCUGUCACCAGGAAAACCUGCAGUGUUUCUUCUAGUGGCUCCAUCAAGAGUGCCAAGGUCUUCAGCCUAGAUGUACCUGACCAUCCCCAGAUGGGUAAGGGAGACUCCAAGUACAUUGAGAAAGGCAGUCCACUCAACAGUCCCUUGGAUCGUCUUCCCCUAGUGUCCCCAGGUGCCAUCCAUCACCUGGAGGUAAAACCUUCUUACCACUGCAGUGAACACCGGCAUUCCUUCCCAGCUCUCUACUAUGAAGAGAGCGGUGACACCUUAAGCCAGCGGGUGUCCUUUCUUAAGCCGCUCUCCCGUUCCAAGCGGGACUCCACAUAUUCUCAGCUCUCACCCAGACAUUACUUCUCAGGCUAUUCCUCCAGCCCAGAGUACUCCUCAGAGAGCACCCAUAAGAUCUGGGAGCGUUUCCGGCCUUAUAAGAAGCACCAUCGGGAGGAGGUUUACAUGGCAGCUGGCCAUGCCCUGCGAAAGAAAGUCCAGUUUGCCAAGGAUGAGGAUCUCCACGACAUCUUAGAUUACUGGAAAGGAGUCUCUGCUCAACAGAAGUUGUGACUCUAUCUUUAAAAUGAAGGAGAAAAUAACCACAAAAAAAUUACCCACCUGACUGUGGUGAAAAACAAACAAACCUGACAAAAGAAACUGAAAACGAUUUCUUAAAAGUUUACAAAAAAAAAGAACAGAAAAACCCCCAAGUGAAACGAAUUGUCUCUACUGUGUUACGGGGACCAUUGUUACUCCUUCAGGUGGUGGGGAGGAGACAUUUGUUUUUAUACUGUGGUAAAGAGGGAGAACUGUUAGGGGAGGUACUGGGCUUGUAGGUCACAGAGGUGAAAGGGGAAGGAUGCUAACCAGGCAUAGACUCAGUCAUUAACCAUCACUUUUUUUGUUCCUGUUCUUAUUUUGUUUCUGAAGGGGAGCGAUUUUGCUUGCUCCCCUGACAACAGUAAGGGGUGCUGAUGAUGUCACUUCCUUAUUCUUACCUUUCCUGCAUUUUUCAGGAAUCUUCUAAAUGUUGCUAUCGCUGUGUGAGAGCUGCUUUUCCAGGAAUAGUUCUCAAUAGCUGGGAUAAUACUUAAAUGACCCAUCUAUAUGGGCAGGGCUGAUCCUGUGGGUUUCUGUUGUGAAACCGGCACUCCACUGGCAGGGGUGUAUGCAGGUUGUGCAGAAAAGACUGGUACGAUAUGCUUUGUCCACAUGGCAGAGUCAUUAAAAUGCUACCCCAGCAGUGAGAGAAUCAUUUAUGGGAAAACAUCCUCCAUGUUAAUGGGAUAACAUUUAAAGAGUCCCAAAGUCACCAUGAGAUGAGGAGUAACACAAAUUGAAUGUCCUGUCAGUUCUCAGGAUCUUCUGGGCCUGUUGACACGCUCCCACCUCUCCAUAACUUUGUUCAAAUUUGCACAAGCAUAAACAAGAGUGAAAACAGA